GGGGCUAGGCCGGAGCUGCUGGUGGGAGGCAGCCACUUGAGAUCACCAGGCCUCCUGUAGACCGGCGCGUGCAGGGCCCGGUCCCAGAGUUAAGGGAAAGUCGUUUGGAAACCCCAGCGCCAACAGGACCCUUUGGCAGCUGAGGCUGGAAACAGCGGAACCAAAGGCAGACGGUCCUCAGUUGCUUGGGCGGACGUGGACCCAAUCUGUCCGUCCUUCCAAGUUUCCCCCAGGGGCAGGACCUAGACGCGCGGCACAUUCAGGUUCUCCGGGAUCGUAGUAGUAGUCACUGGCCGGAGUUAGAGGCCAGCUGAGAAGUCUUCGUGCUUCAGAUUUGUUUACCUACAAAAUGCUUCGGUAUCCGUAUUUUUGUAGAAUGUAUAAAGAAUGCCUUUCAUGUUGGUUGGAAUCUGGCAUACCUAAUUUAGGUGUCUGGCCAAAAAGAAUACAUACUACAGCAGAAAAAUAUAGAGAAUAUGAAGCCCGGGAGCAAACAGAUCAAACUCAAGCCCAGGAGUUACACAGAUCUCAAGAUAGAGAUUUUGAAACUAUGGCUAAAUUACAUAUUCCAGUAAUGGUGGAUGAAGUUGUUCAUUGUUUGUCACCACAAAAGGGACAGAUUUUUCUAGAUAUGACAUUUGGUUCGGGAGGGCACACAAAAGCCAUUCUGCAGAAGGAGUCAGAUAUUGUUCUCUAUGCCUUGGACAGAGACCCAACAGCUUAUGCAUUAGCUGAACAUCUUUCAGAGUUGUAUCCUAAACAAAUCCGAGCUAUGCUGGGCCAGUUCAGCCAGGCAGAAGCCUUAUUAAUGAAAGCUGGAGUGCAGCCAGGAACUUUUGAUGGAGUUCUUAUGGAUCUUGGGUGUUCCUCCAUGCAACUUGAUACUCCUGAAAGAGGUUUUUCCCUUCGGAAAGAUGGCCCUUUGGACAUGAGAAUGGAUGGUGGCAGGUACCCUGACAUGCCCACUGCUGCUGAUGUUGUGAAUGCUUUAGAUCAACAGGCACUUGCAUCUAUCCUAAGAACAUACGGGGAGGAGAAGCAUGCCAAGAAAAUCGCUUCAGCAAUUGUUCAGGCACGCAGCAUCUACCCCAUCACCAGAACCCAGCAGCUUGCCAGCAUCGUUGCAGGUGCAUUUCCUCCCUCUGCUAUUUAUACACGGAAAGACUUACUACAUCGAUCUACCCAUAUUGCCACCAAGACUUUCCAGGCUCUUCGCAUAUUUGUGAACAAUGAGCUCAAUGAACUCUACACGGGACUGAAGACAGCUCAGAAGUUUCUGAGACCUGGUGGUCGUCUUGUUGCCCUCUCCUUCCAUUCACUAGAGGAUCGCAUCGUCAAAAGAUUUUUGCUUGGAAUAAGCAUGACAGAAAGGUUUAACCUAAGUGUUAGACAACAAGUGAUGAAAACAUCUCAAUUGGGUUCAGAUCACGAAAAUACGGAAGAAGUCUCUAUGAGAAGAGCUCCUUUAAUGUGGGAAUUGAUACACAAGAAGGUACUUAGUCCACAAGAUCAGGAUGUACAAGAUAACCCCAGAGGGCGCUCAGCCAAGCUUAGAGCAGCUAUCAAAUUAUAAGUUACCAUCAUCUUAUUCUUCAAAUUUUUUCUCCCAAUUUCUCUAAUCUUUACUCAUGUUAUGUCCCUGAAUGUCUUGGUAUAGGUUUAAGUGUGGGACAGUCUGAAAAUUGAUAGCAUUUAGCAUUUCUUUUUUCUCAAAAAGAAACUGUAGGAAAUACAUGACAGAGAAAGUUACACUCAGGGAGCAGCAGCACCUCCAGACUGGAAAAAUGUGUUAAUCUUUGCAUCAUAUUGGACUCUUGAAGGCAAUCCUUCCUCUGGCCAGGAAAUUUUUAAAAAAAUAAUACUGUGUUGUGUUUAUCUAAAUACGUAAACUCAAGCUACCAAAGAGAAAGAUGUUGUAAUCAUAUCUGCAUGUCCUAAAUUUUGAAUUUAGAUAUUCCAAUUUGCAUCAGUCUUUCUGUGGCUCAAAUAAUGAUGAUUAUGGAAUGAAUUUUAAUGUCCCUACUUGUAAAUAAUUAGCAUUCUCAAAUGUAGGCUUUUUACAAAUUUUAAAUUUUAAAAUAUUAGUUUAAAUGUGUGUUAUACUGAUAAAAUUUCAUCUUUUGAAUUAUAGUCUAUUGUUUUAAAGGGAUUUUUCAGUAUGAUAUGGGCCAUUUUGUUCAUCUAUCGCAAAGUAAAAAUGUAAAAUCCUUACAGAGAAUUGUUUCACAAAACUUAUAUUUCAUGUCAAUUGUAUUUAUUUUAAUAAUAGCUCACAAUGCCUUUAGUAAGUAAUAAAGUCUCUUAUUAGAAUCUUGUAUUUUUUAAUUGAGCUAAUCAAAAUAAUUCAGCCAAGUCUAUUUGAAAUAGAAAACUGUCUAUUUAAUAUAGUAAAAUCAAUGCUCCCUUAAUGUUGUUACAAAGAUAUGGUAACUGUAAUAUGGGUAAAAGUUUAUUCAAGAAAAGAGUACUUGGUAGAAGAUUCUUUAACAAAUUGAGGAGAUUGAUUCAUAAUUCACAUGUCAAUUUUUUAUAGUAAUAUGUACUUCUAAUUUAUUAUUUAUACUUGAAUUGUGACCUGAAAGAUGAGUUGGAGAUAAUUAGUCAAAGGGCACAUGGAGUAUGGAAGGGGGCAUGUUGAUUAACCAUACAUAGAAAUAAAUAUUCUCUUAGUUAUCCUUGAAAUCAUAUUUAUACUAUUAAUUUGCUCAGUGCACUUUUUUCAAAUACAGAAAAAAGAUUCUCCAUUAUAGUUACAAAUUUUAAGUUGGUGAAUCCAAGUGAAUGAAAUAUCAGCAUAACUAUGUGGGCAAAAUAGAUAGAAUUAAAUGCGUGAAUUUUCCUCAGACUUAUUUUAUCUGCCUCUGUAAUAUUUAACUUUAGUACCCAGGCUUGUUCACUACUUCUGCUUUACAGGCUUUAUUUAAAUCUGAACAAUCCUACAGGGAAAUCAGAAUUAGGAAAAAAAUCUGGAGAACAAUAUGGUUGAAAUAGAAACAAGAGAAUGCACCUAGGUUAAUUAACUGAAUCCUACUUGAACAAUGUAUAAAUUUCUCUUUGCAUAUAAUACAUGUUUGUGAAUGAGACAUAUUCCCAAAAAAUUCUUAUCUCUGUAUGUGAUUGGAAAAGAAAAGAUCACAUUUGUAUAUUCAACAAUCUUUCACCUAUUUCAUAAGUCAUUUUUUCAUCCUGUAUAGUAUGGGAAUUAUUUUUUAUGUUAAAUAGAAACUGAAUGUACUGGGUUGAACGGUGUCCUCUCCAAAAUUCAUGUACUUCCUGGAGCCUCAGAAUGUGACCUUAUUUGGAAAUACUGUGGUUGUGGUUGUAAGUAGCUAAGACGAGGUCAUACUGGAGCAGGGCAGGCCCUUAAUCCAAUAUGGCUGGUGUUCCUUAUAAGAGAAGAUAGGGCGGGCAUGGUGGCUCACACCUGUAAUCCCAGCACUGUGGGAGGCCAAGCCAGGCAAAUCGCUUGAGGCUCAGGAGUUCAAGACCAGCCUGGUCAACAUGGUGAAAACCCAUCUCUACUAAAAAUAAAAUUAUCCAGGCGUGGUGCUUGUAAUGUCAGCUACCCAGGAGUCUGAGGCACAAGAAUCACUCGAACCCGGGAGGUGGAGGUUGCAAGAUCAUACCACUGCACUCCAGUGUGAGCAACAGAACGAGACUCUGUCAAAAAAAAAAAAAAAAAAAAAAAAAAAAAAAAAAAAGGAAGAAAGAGAAGAUAGAGACACAGGGGAGAAUGCCACAUGAAGCUGGAGGCAGAGAUUGGAGUGAUACGUUGUGGGAACCCUCAGAAGAUAGGAAAAAAGCAUGGAAUAGAUUCUCCCUCAGAGUUCCAGUAGUUGCCAACCCUGCUAACAUGGUUUUGCACAUCUAGCAUCCAGAACAGUGAGAACGUAUUUCUACUGUUUUAAGGUACCCAGUUCAUGGUAAUUUGUUACAGCAAUCCUAGGAAGCUAAUACUCUGACAGAAAAAAAUCUUGGAUAAUAUGCAUGAGAAAAAUCCUUCAAUAAACACAAAAUUGGUUUCAAAAUGUUUUCAUGUAAAAAUAAAUUAACUUUUCUGUAAUUAGACCGUUUUAUAGUAAUUCUUGCCUGCUUCUUAGUCUUUGUUGUAGGAUGCAUAAUAAAAUACAUGAAUGAGUUUUAAAUGGUUAGCUUUGGAGAAUGGUUUUGAGAAGUUCCUACAGUACACAGAAAUAAAAGCUAAUGUUACUAUGAAUGCACAUUACUUUUCUAAUAAAAUGUUUCUGAAUCUCUG